AUGGAGUCCUGCAAACCCAAACGGAAACCUAACUGGACCGAAGACGAAACGUUAAGCUUAGUUCGUUUGGUGGACGAAAGGAAAGACAUAAUAAGAGGUAAAUUUGGAGAAGGCGUGACAAGAGGCGGUCCCGUGAUGAACCUGAGUGGUAUUGCUGAAGCGGUUUACGAUGUUUUGGGGCAUUCCAAUGUUUCCAUAAGUGGGGUUGACGGUGGCCUUAAUUCGUCAUUGAUUCAGGUCAUUGAUUUAGGCACAAGUGUGGUGCCUCAGAGUUCAACCGUCAACACCCUCCACCUCUUCCACCAUGAACCACCCACCAGCAACCGUCAUCUUGGAAUCAGUUCCCUGUGGGAUAGACGAUGA